AUGAAUAGUAAACCGAGUACUUCUAAGCGUUCUAGUAGCGUCAAAAAGACAUCGUUUUGCAAAAAAAGACGUAACAGUAGUGAUGAAGGUGAAGGAAUUGACAUGGAUUUCUUAGAAUUUUCGAGUGAUGAAGAGGUUUAUUCGCAAUGUGAUUAUGAAGAUGGAUCAUCUGAAGAGGAAAGUGAUGACAGUAAUUUGAGCAUUUUCGAUACUCGGAAACAACCUGAAAUGAUAAAGCAUACAUUGAACACUCUCCAGAAGUCAAGUUCAGCCUUGACGUCAACAAAAUCAAAUAACAUAGCUUCUAAGCCACGUCCAUCGCAUGUGUCAGCGAAAUUGUCCUCUGCUUCAAAAACGGUAGAUGAUACUAUGCCGCAAUCUCCUAAGGAAAUGGAGGAUGAGCUUAUGCCACAACCACCACCAGCAAAUAGCCGGCAUAUCCCUUCCAUAGAACAGGAUUACAAUGAACUUCCUGACUUACCUGAUUAUCUAUUGCGAGAGAAUAUGUCUACCCCUAGUUUUUCCCUGUUAAGAUCGGACGUGCCUACUCCUGACUACUGUGAUGGCAAUUUAGCAUCCGAACCUCAUAAUUCACCUAGCUCGUCUUUGCCUCACUCGACUAUUCGUAACAUUGCGGAAACUUACCCUCUCGAAAAGAAUCUUCAGAACGUGGUGAUUUAG